AUGGCUGCCCAUCAAGGUCUGACAGAAGCGGUGGCUGUCCUGCUUCAGCAUGGCGCUGACGUGGCCGGUGAGGGCCAGGCCGGCGCUCCCUUGCACUAUGCUGCUGUUGGUGGCUGCGUCCCAGUCGCUCGCUACUUGCUCAAGGCAGGCGCUGAUCCGAUGGCACUGGCCCGGUCCGGUGGCUACACUCCGCUGUAUUUGGCGGCACUUCAUGCGAGGCUGGACAUGCUGCGGAUGCUGCUCGGGUUGGUGCCGGCGGCCCACGUCGGCGCCACCAUGACCAACGGCGCAACGGCGUUGCAUGGUGCGGCCAUGUCGGGCUCGCUCGACGUUGUCGCUGCCCUGCUCGACGCCGGUGCCGAUCCCAACGCGCGCUCGGACCGCGGUCAUACCCCGCGCGACUAUGCGGAGCUCUCGUUCCCGGGCAACAAGGCGCUGAGCGAGGCGCUGGGAUCGGGCCGUGGACGCACAGCACGCGGCGGGGAGGCACCGGGCGCGCGAGAGGUAGCUGGGCGCGACGCCGCCCAGGGUGGGCGCUUUGUUGACGCUGCCCGCAUCGCAUCCGGCGAGGCCGCGGCUCUUGGCGAGCUCAAGUACAAGUACCGGCCCGGCGGCACCGACCAGGCCCGCGACGAGGCCAGCGCCCGGCGGCGAAAGGCCAAGUCGGCCAAACUUGCCCGGAAGCAUCCGCGUGAGUUCUUUGCGCAGUCUGCCCGCGCCCGCCGCGACUCGGUCCAGAUCGAGACGACGCUGCCCGGCGCCAACUACCAGUCCCCGUACAAGGCGUCACAGCUGACGCGUGCCUCGCAUGCCCGGGCGACCUCGGCCGACGCCAAGGUCUCGGCCAUCAAGUUUCCGACCACCCGCGAGUUCCUCGAGGGCACGUCGGCACGCGACGCGACGCAGCAGCAGCUACUCGCGCUGCGUGAGCUCAAAAAGGCAGCGCUCGCCGAGCUAGACGCCGUCGAGACCGACGCUGAGGCCAUUGUCCGUCGGCAGCAGGCCAUCCAAGCCAACCUCGAUGCGCUCCGUGACCAAGACCGCGCCCUCGAGGCCGAGGCCUUUGCCGCCGCACAAAAAGCUCGUCGCGACCGCGAGGACGCCGAGGCCUGGCGCGACGCCGAGGAGAACGCCCGCGCCGCGCACGGCCUCGAGCUCCACAAGCGCAAGACCCAGCUGCUUGCCAACUGGGACAACCAGAAGGCCGCCAUUGUCCGCGAGCUCCAGGGCGAAGCGUGGAGCACCGAGCUCGAACUCCGUGAGCACCUUGAGAGGCGACAGGCCGCGCACCGAAGCCAUCUCGAGCACACCAUCGCCGAGGCCGAGGCCGCGUACGAGCUGCGGCGGGCCGAGCUCGAUGCCAAAACCCGGCUGGAGCGCGCUCGCAAGCGCGAAGAAGCGCAGGCACUUGCUGACGCUGCCCGCUACCGAAAGGCGACCCGUGAGGCAACCGAUGCCCACGAGGCCCGCCUCCAGGCCGAGCUCGCCGACGCCCGGCGGCAGCAUCGUGCCGAGGCGGCGGCACUGCGCAGGCGCAUCCAGCACCUCGAGUCGCGCCAGAAGCACGAGGGUCACGAGGCCGAGGUCCGCAAACGCCGCGUCGUUUCCCAGCAGUCGAAGCUCGACACACUUCGUGACAAUCUCGACGCCCAGGACGCGCGCGUCACCGCCAACAUCAUCCGCUCCGAGCAGGAGCGGCUCAUGGAGCGGAUUGCACGGACCGAGGCCAAGACGGCGCGGAAUAUGGGGAAGAUUGAGGCGCUCAACGAGACGACGGCGGCCGAAAUCGCCCGCCAGCGCUCGCUCACCGCCGACCACGAGGCCAUGCACCGUGCCGAGGCUGAUGCUGCCAAGUCUGCCUGGGCUGCCAUCCUCGACCAGGAGGCUGCCGCGUUUGAAGCCGCCAAGGUCCGCCUUGUGGCCAAGAUCCGCACCCAGGACGACUUUAGCAAGGAGCUUGCCGAGCUUGAGGCGUUGGAGGACCGCGCUGCCGCCCGGCUAGCCCGCCCGGUCACCUUUGCUCCUCCGGAGCGCAACGCCGACGCAUCGGCACCGCCCAAGCGCGCCCGCACUCUGGCCGAGCAGUCGAUGGCUGCCGCCCGGCUGGCUGUUCCGCGCACCGUCAACGAGUCACCGCCUCGUCAGAGCACGCCGGGAGGAGGCCCCGCGCCUUCGAGUCCCGGCCGGAGGUCGGCGACGCCGUCAAGGCCGCGCACGGAGCGCAAGCGCAACUGGGAGGCCGAGCGUGCUUCACGCAUCGCCUCGGGCUACACCGUGCCGGGGGAAGCGAGCCCCAAGGGAGAAGCUGACGAAUCGGCGGCAGCGGCAGGUGUCCGCGGCUUUGCCACCGCCUCGGCCGCCGAGCUGGCCGCCAAGUCGGCGGCAGUCUCGAGCAUGGCCAAGUCUAAUCGCAAAACGGCGUCGGCCAAGAUCCACUUGCCGGACACGUCGGUCGUUGUUGUGCCGUGGCAGCCAAAGCUCCUCGUCUCGGACCUCAUUUCAUCGCUGGUGAAGCGGUACGAGCUGGAGGCGCAAGCGGCAGAGCUAAUGCCGGGCAUCCUCGAUCCGGCCCGCGAGCCGACGCUCCGCAGCAACGCUCGGUUCCGGCUUGUGUACGGCUGCUCCUAUGCGCUUGUCGACGCCGCCUCGCCACUGGUGGUGAACAAGCUGCUGCGGCUGGGCAAGCUGGCGAACACCACCCGGCUGUUUACGCUCCAGGACGUGGCGCUGCUCAACGCUGUUGCCGAGGCCGAUGCGGUGCUAGACGCCGCCGACGGCGACGAGCCUGCGGCCGACUCGGUGGCGGCGGCGGCGCGAACGGCAGCGGUGGCAGCCAUCUCUGCAGCAGAGCGGUCGCCGGCAAGUACGUCGGCAAGCACGUCGCGAUCGCGGUCGCGGCGGUCGGCUCGCAAAUCGGGCAUCCACCGGGCGUCGCGACAGCUCGACACUAUCAAUCGGCUCGCCCAGCCGCGGCAGGCAAGCCGGGCGAGGGAGCGCGUGUCUGACGCGCGCGCGGCCUCGGCCCGGCCGCGUCGCAAGCGCAACUGGGAAGCCGAGUAUCUGCGACGUAAGGCGUUGUCGGCGCGCGGGCCUGCCCCGCACGGAAAGGAGACCCGCCGUCCGCGACAGGCCACGCCGUCCUCACCGGAGCACCAGUACGAGUACGAGUACUUUGAGGAGGAGGUGACGUACACCGAGGCGUCGCUGGCAGGUGGCGAGACGCCCGACUCGCCGGACUUGCGCAGUCACCGGCUCCGGGUCUCGGAGCUUGACGUUCCACGGCAAGUCUCGCCGCUGCACUCGGUUCCGGACGAGUACGGCCUGUACUCGGUGCCAACCGAGGAUGGCGACGCCGAAGAGGCGGCCUAUGCGUUGCUGGCGUCGCCGCAGGCCGGCGGCGAUGACGUCGCUCGGGUGGUUACCUUUGGCUCGGUCACGGCCGAUGGUCACGACGAGGCUGAGACCGGAGCCGAGGCUGGCGCCGACGGCGAUGAGACUAGCGGGGACGCUGGUAGCAAUGAGUCGGACGGCGCUGAUGCUAUGAGCGUGGCUGUGCCGGCCGCCAUCAUCGAGAUGCUUCCCGGUAGCGGGCUGUCUGUCGACGAGGUCCGGUCGCGAACGCGCUCGAAUGCGGAGCUGUACGACCAGCACCCGUUCUCGUCGCCAACGCUGCACUCGGGGGCAACAACGUUUGCCCGGCCGGCGCAUCGGCCUGUAGUUGACGGCAUUGUCGUGGAGGGCAACCAGCCUGUGCCGUCGUCUGCGCUCGCGCUCGAGGCUCUGGUCGAGGAAGAGGUUGUCAAGUGGGCACCGGUCCGGAUCAAGUCGAAAAAGUGCGGACCUGUUCACUCGCUGCGGUACCGGCGGCUGCGCCGGAUUGUGAUCUCGGUGGCGAGCAAGGAGUCUGAGACGGCGGUGCAGAUUCUGGGCGUGUUUGCCUGUGUCGGAGGUAGCGUCAACGCGCGGCGGUUGUACGAGCUCGCGCUGGUCGAGCAGCAGUCGCCGGGAAGAGCCAUCAUUGGAUGGGACAACCGCCUCGACAAGAAGAUGUUUGGCGGAGUGUCGGCCAAGGGUGAGCGGUAUCCGUUUACGCUUGUUGUCGACGUGCGGGUCGACGGGCACAAGGCGCCAGUGAGGCUGAGCAAGACGAUCAUGUGCAAAGUGUACGAUACAGACACUUCGUUCUCGUACCGGACUAUGAGCGGAUCCAGCAGCGGGACGUUCGAGGCUGUGGCGGGCGGGCACCCUGGCCGGGUGGUUGUCAUGGUGCCGCCGGCCGAGGAAUAG